CCAUAUCGCGUCUUCUUCUAUGAUCUAAGCGGGGCUUCAAGCAACGUCAGCUUUCCUUGUGUUUGAACUACAGCGCCAUCUUACGGCGCUUCUACUAAACUGCGGUUUGGUGAUGCAAGGUCCCGCAGACAUGUUUUCUACCAGCUUUGCUUCCUCAAACCUGAAUCUUUCCCUCGAACAGAACUUAAGGCACAUCUGAUGCGCAGUAAAUCCCAAAUGGAGGUUCACUGUUGGGUCGUGACAUAAAACGCAUCCUGGUCGUUAUAAAACCCGUCCGUGAGGGCUUUUUCCUGGCAGACAUGGCUGGUUUUGUCAUGUGGUUUGUGAGAAAACCCGUAUUGGAUCUCUGUGGUCACCUGAGUAAAGAAGCUGAAAAAAGCCACCGACGAGCUCGGUGUCAGCGAAUUAGUGGGUUAAACACGCUGAGUGGGUUUUUGGAAAAAUAUUCACUAAUGUAUACAGACUCAAAGCUCACAGUCCGCAAGGAAAUCCGUUUUAUUUCACAUAAAUCCGCAAAAACAACAGCAGAAACAACUUCUGGCCGUUAAAACGGUUUGAAUCAGAGUCACGUGGUUACAACAACAUCAUCUGAUCUUUUACGCAUAAAAAUAAACAAUUAAGAAUAAAAAAUACUCGUUUUAUUCCGUCCUGAACAGCGCAAAGGAGUCCACUCCGCGUCUUAUUGAGCGCAUUAAGUGCUGCAGUUUUGGCGCAGAAACAGCCGCAGAGGUCUUGGAGGACUGAGAGGAGAAAAAGACCCGGAUCCGUCUGUUUUAAACCGAAUUCCUGCUUCAGUCUGUAUUUCUAGCUGGUUUAAACCCAAACCAAGCAGACUGAACCCCGGCCCGGAGCUCUUUCUCGGUCUCCACGCUGCCAGCGUCUUCUCAGCGGCCUCCAGCUGCACACCUGCCCGCUUCGUGCCUCACGUGUCCCGGACUGUCUGCCUCACAUGACCCGGGUGUUUGUCCCCGUGAUCAGCGCCUCCAUCUCCGUCCAUCUGAGCUGCUGAAGUUUCGUAAAACCUGGGAGCGCUUGAUGGAGAUGCUGGAGCAGAGCCUAGAAGGCUCGGUGAGUCACGCUAAACAGGAAACGGAAGAAGUGGUGCAGCUGCAGGAAGGAGAACCAGUCGGGUCGGAUGAGCAGUCUGCUGUCAACAUCACCAGCGUCCCCCAGGCUACGUUCGUUGACCACGGCGUUCAGUACCAGUUUCGCACGGAGAACAACGGAGGACAGGUGACCUAUCGAGUGGUCCAGGUAACAGAGGAUCAGUUGGAAGCGACGGCAGAUGCGACCAGCGCCAUCAGCGUUGUCUCUGCUGCUGCGUUCGCUGGAGCUCCUCAGGCUGUGGCUCAGGCUGUCAUCCAGAACUCCUUCAGUAACGGCGGCAGUCCUGGCGGCGAGACUGUCGGAGGAGAAACACGCUUUGCUUAUUUCCCUGCAGCCGCUGUCAGUGAUGGAGCGGCAGUGUCGGUGCAGGGUGCCGACCCGGCACUCACCCAGGCAGGAGGGCAGUUUUACGUGAUGAUGAGUCCUUCUGAGGUUCUGCAGACAGCGAGUCCUCGGACCAUUGCACCCAGAACACACACCUACACCACGAAGGUCGAGGGUCCGCGGGCCCCCAGGGACGAGAGGCGAAGAGCUCAGCACAACGAAGUGGAGAGAAGAAGACGAGACAAGAUCAACAACUGGAUCGUGACGUUGUCGAAGCUGAUCCCAGACUGCAGCGUGGACACCAGAACCGGAGCGAGUAAAGGAGGCAUCCUGUCCAAAGCCUGUGACUACAUCCGAGAGCUCCGUCAGAACAACCAACGGCUGCAGGAGAGCUACAAAGAGGUGGAGCGGGUGGAGAUGGACAACGAGCUGCUAAGACAACAGAUCGAGGAGCUGAAGAACGAGAACGCUCUGCUCCGAGCUCAGCUGCAGCAGCACGGUGUAGAGGUCAAUGGGGACGAAACGCCACAGUGAGCGCUGGACCCGUGCUGCGUCACAAACACGGCUUCCCGGUUAAAUCCAAGCAGGACCUGGAGCAGGGACGACUUCCAUCUGAAUCCGGACCACGCAGAGGACGUCUCUUGCAUCAGCGGCUCCCUGCUGGCUCCGUUAUCUGAAGCUGCUCCACCACAGCUCCAAACAUCUGCUUUAGAAGACCAACCUGCACAAACACCCCCUCAUCUCAGCACCUCCUGUUAAAUGGACCUUUUUAUGUGUGAAGCUACUAAAUGUGACAUGAACGAUGGCUCCCGCUCAGUUGGCCUUGCUAGGAGUGUGAACACAGAGAGAACCAGCAGCGGUGCUCCUCUCAGUGACGUUUAAACGGCUCAUAGUGACUGUAAGCUGCGAGGAAACGAAGACAGACGUUCUCACUGUGAGCCGCAGAAAAUGAAGGUUUUUAUUUUUAGAUUUAAGGCCUUAAUAGAAGCCUUUUUGUCAGCAUAGCUCAGGUAACAGGAUGUGGAGAACCUGUGUAGAGUUGGGUUUAAUUUGUUUCUCUAUUGGAUGAAAUGUACAGAAACAGAAAUUACAGACAGGAUUAUUAGCAUUUACAUUCAUCUGCUGGGCAUUAAGUCAUGUGAUGUCGAACCUCAUUGUGGGUCGCUGAGCUGGAGCUCUCACUCUGAACCUGUCUGGCACCACCAGAACUGGUGGGUUCUGCAGUCAUGUACAGUGUUUCAGCUUUAGGAAGGACCUCAGGAGCUUCUCCGACUGCUGGUGCUCAUGUACAUGUCCAGGAAGCAAGGGAAGACACUGACGACUAACAAGCUUCUGUUUGCACUGAAGGUCAUCAAGGCAUGGGCUUAUAACCACUGGCACGACUAAUUCUGACACAAUAAAACCGACGUAUUUAUAUCUGACUGACGUUUCUCAGAAGAAGACAUCAACCAGUCCAGUCUCAGUGAGGUUUUAUGAAGCAGAGCAUAGUAAACUAUUGUCCUCGUGGUCUUAAAAUGAAGUAAAUGUUCAAAAUUAAAACAUUUGAAAUUC